AAUGGGACCGCUAAGGAGAGAGAAAUGUUUCAAAGGAGUCUGAAACAGUAUUUGGAGAGUCAGUAGAGAUGGAGGAUUAGCUUUUCUUUCAGUGGCACCUACUCUACAGACAGCUGGACCAGAGGAUUUCUUGAUGAAACUGUCCCCUCAGCAUUACUGCACGAUGAUUUGCUGACAACAUACUUUACAUUACUACUUUGACUGAAAUAAAGGAACCAUGGCAACGACAGCUCUGACCGGGUUCUCCAUGAUGAGCCUGCUCAGCCUCGGGUAUCUAACCUGGGACAUGAUGGGUCCUAACCAGGUGGAAAACGAGACCAACCACACUUUUGUCGAGAGCUCACCUGUCCCUCAGCCUCCUCACAUCAUUUUCAUCAUGACGGACGAUCAGGGGUUCAACGACAUCGGCUACCACAGUUCUGACAUCAGGACCCCGGCGCUGGAUAAACUGGCUGCAGACGGAGUGAAGCUGGAGAACUAUUACAUCCAGCCCAUCUGCACCCCGUCCCGCAGCCAGCUCAUCACCGGCAGGUACCAAAUCCACACUGGCCUGCAGCACUCCAUCAUCCGGCCCCGCCAGCCCAACUGCCUGCCCUUCGACCAGGUCACCCUCCCCCAGAGACUGCAGGAGCUCGGCUACUCCACCCACAUGGUCGGCAAGUGGCACCUGGGCUUCUACAAGAAGGAGUGCCUGCCUACUCGCCGGGGCUUUGACACAUACUUUGGCUCCUUAACAGGCAGUGUAAACUACUACACCUACGACUCCUGUGACGGCCCCGGGAGGUGUGGUUUCGACCUGCACGAGGGGGAGUCGGUGGCCUGGGGUCAGAGGGGCAAAUACUCCACACACCUCUACACACAGAGAGUCCGCAAGAUCCUGGCAACCCACGAUCCUCAGUCCCAGCCGCUGUUCAUCUACCUCUCCUUCCAAGCUGUUCAUACACCCCUGCAGUCUCCACGGGAGUACAUCUACCCAUACCGUGGAAUGGAAAAUGUGGCUCGCAGGAAAUAUGCUGCUAUGGUCUCAGUUGUAGAUGAGGCAGUACGUAAUAUAACAUACGCUCUCCGCAAGUAUGGUUACUACCAGAACAGUGUGAUCAUCUUCUCCACUGACAACGGGGGCCAGCCUUUGUCUGGCGGCAGUAACUGGCCCCUCAGAGGACGUAAAGGCACCUACUGGGAAGGCGGUGUCAGGGGUCUGGGGUUCGUUCACAGUCCUCUGUUGAGGAAGAAGAGGAGGGUGAGUAAAGCCCUGGUGCACAUCACUGACUGGUACCCAACACUGGUGGGAUUAGCAGGUGGAAAUGAGUCCCUGACCGAGGGGGUGGAUGGCCAUGAUGUUUGGGAAGCCAUCAGUGGAGGGAAAGAGUCCCCCCGGUUGGAGAUCCUCCACAAUAUUGACCCUUUAUAUAACCAUGCCCGCAGCGGCUCCCUGGAGAAAGGAUAUGGGAUUUGGAAUACAGCUGUGCAGGCCUCCAUCCGAGCUGGAGACUGGAAACUUCUAACGGGAGACCCCGGCUACGGAGACUGGACGCCACCACCGGUGCUUCCAGGUUUCCCCGCCGGCUGGUGGAACCUGGAGCGCCACACUGAACCCAAGAAAUCUGUGUGGCUUUUCAACAUCUCCGGAGACCCCUACGAGCGCCAAGACCUUUCUGAGCAGAGACCAGAUGUUGUGAAAGAGCUGCUGGCUCGACUGGUGUACUACAAUCGCACUGCGGUGCCAGUAAGGUAUCCAUCAGAGGACCUUCGGGCUGACCCCCAACUCAAUGGAGGUGCUUGGGUGCCUUGGGUAGGAGAUGAGGAGGAGGAACGAUGGGAUACUGUCUACCAGAAAAAGAACAAUUGGAAGAAGAAGCUGAAAAUGUCCAAAAGCAGGUCGUUUUUCAGGAGACUCAACACUAGGAUGAUGUCCAACAGGAUAUAAUAAAGGACAUGACUGAAAAAGGGGCAAAGUACGCACUCCUAAAGGAUAGUUACAGUAUAUAAGGGAUUGUUUGGCUUUCUUGAUGGAACUUUUUGACAAUGUGUUUUUGUUUUUGUUGACAAAGGGACCAAACUUCUGCAAAUCCAACUGCUGUUAGUUGCAGGUUUAUAUUCAGGCUCUCUAAAAGAACUGAUUGAUGUAAAAAACUAAAAUAAGUACACAUGUGUUUAUCCAUUUGAAUAAACAAAUGUGUGUCCCUAAAUAGAAUAUUCUGUAAUCAAAAAUGAAAGUUAUUUCCAAUAAGAUUCUAGCAAAUGUGUCAGAAUGACAAGAUGAUUACUCUGUAAUAUCAGGAUCGCUGUAUUUGACUUGGAUGAAGUGGUUACAAGGAAAAAUCGUCUUCAACCAUUUUAACAAUAAUUUAUAUAAAUGAUGACUACCUCUUGUGACAUAAGUUGCAUACUUUCGUAAAUUUCGUGACUCCAAAAGUGAAAUGGUAAUGUUGCACUGUAUUGGAUGUGAACAGUAGCUCACAGCAGCAAUAUGAUCUAGGAAUUGUUCCUCUGCACAGUCUGGUUUGGUUCAUGCGCCCAACAAACAAUAACAAAAGAGCAUCAAACACAGGUCCAAUAAAAAGCUGUAUUCUUGUGUUUGCUUGUUAAGCUAUAUCAGCAAAUGUGCGAAUGUGUAUGUAGAAAUUUGUGCACACAAAUGUUUGCUGAUCUGGAGCUCAGAUAGGAAAUGUAUAAAUAUGCCCUUCUGCAUGUAGGGUUUAAGAUUACCCCUAACCUACAGGUAGAUCUAUAAGACAUUGUUGUGAUCAUGACAAUUUGUUGAUUAAAGGC